AUGCAAUGGGACUUCAGCUUACGUGUUUCCCGCAUGAUCGAUGUGGCAGCUAACCUGGUAUUCAUGAAUGUACAUCCAACGCUCGACAGCCUGACUACCGUUCACCUCGAACAAAAUGAUAGCAACGGCGGCCCCCCGGAUCCUACUGGCAUCCCAUACAACUUGGCACAACUGCGUAUCAUGAAGCAUUGGCUGACAGACACAUCAAACGUUACUCAAGCUGUCUCUAAGGUUGUGGCUCUGCCCGAAGUGCAGGAUAUUGACUUGCUCAUUCAAUCCAAGACCGAGAUAUCAGAAGCUUUCAAUGAUAGAGUAGGGAUUCUCAUAGCCCAAACCCGAACACGUCAACCCUCCGAUUUGGGUUCUAUCAUUGCCAUUGCCCAUGAUCUCGAUAGUGAUGAGAUUUUCUUGCAUGUGCUGCCGCCAGAACACACAUCGCCCCGGUUAUGCCUCGCACCAAUUGAUCGCAACCUCUUGUAUUACAUCAGAGUUGAGCAAGGAAAACCGACGAUCUGGAUUUCCCACCCGAACGCCCAAAUUCCCUAUCACCCGGCAAAGUCGAUGGAUACCCAUUUCAUGAGAGACAGCAUGCAUGCGCAUCAGCGUGACAGUCAGGAGUUUGUACUCAAAGGAGACAAUGAUUGUGUUCUAUUGGUUGACGAUGAGGGGAUGAGCGCGUGGUGUUUCGAUGAAGCUGCCCAACCAUCUUGUGCAAUCACCGGCGGAAUUCAACUUGGCUAA